AUGAUGGUCUCAGUGUUCCUGCUUCUGUUACUUUCUGUGGGAGCCUUCUUUCUUCCUGUAGCCCAGGCACAACUUCCCGAGGACUGUGAGGAUGUCUACAAAAAUGGCUUCCCACACAGUGGGGUGUACACUAUCUAUCCUCCAGAAUACAACAAACCUGUCCAGGUGUACUGUGACAUGGACUGUGAGGACGAGGAGGACAAAGGAGGAUGGACUGUGUUUCAGAGGAGAUUGGAUGGCACUUUGAACUUCUACAGACCCUGGGAUCAGUACAAGAGUGGCUUUGGGAAUCUUUCUGGAGAACACUGGCUGGGACUGGAGAACAUCUUUGCUAUUAGUUGGCAAAAGAAGUACAGGUUGAGGGUGGACAUGGAAGAUUUUGAGGGAGGAAAUGUCCAUGCUGAGUACAGCUCCUUCUCUCUGGAUCCUGAGUCUGAUGGAUACAGGCUGAAUAUUGACAACUACAUUGAUGGAGGUGUAGGUGACUACCUCAGGUAUUCCAAUGGGAGGCAGUUUUCCACUUUUGACCACGGAAGUAAUUCUUAUACUGCUGAAAAUUAUCAUGGAGGGUUCUGGUACACCUACACUGUUUAUGCAAACCCCAAUGGCUUGUACAAAUGGGGCCGCCACUCAGAUCAUCGUAGAGGUAUCCUGUGGGACGGCUGGAAGGGGACCUAUUACUCUUUGAAAGCCAUCUCCAUGAAGAUCAGACCUUUGUCUCUAGAACAUGUAAAGAACUAGGAAGGGGAACUACAAAUUAAAUCCACUUCCUGUU